UGUGCCCAAGUUCAGCUUUACAAAGACUAUAUCUGAUUGACAGUCUUCCGCCGAAACUCUUGAGCGAAGCACUUCAUUCAUCUCAGCGCUCGUACACCAACUUUCCCAAUGCAAGAUUUUGUGCCGGGGCCAACAUAGUAUUCACCACUGACGCAACACACGAAUCGAAUUAUCUCGGCAGUCCCUCGUUUAACUUAUCAUCUUCAUUGGACCAAUUUGCCUCCCUCAGGUAGCGAAGGGACAACUCGUCAACAUACCGCAGGAGUUCACCACCAUUUUCAUUCUCGGACACCAUUCGACUCCUGUCAGUUGGACUACUGGAUUCGUUACUUUUGGCGCCUGAAUUCAUCCUAGGGAAAAGAUCAGUCGAAUCGAUCGCGAAAUUUUUGACUUCAUGGCUUCCUCGGAGAUCGACCAAAAAUUUCUUGGCAAGCUUGCCCGGCUAGUCGAGAAUGAAAACCCCCUGCUUUCCUCCGUCCUGUUCAAAAUUCUAGGACUUUCGAUAAACCUCUCGAGCCAGCUCAUCACCGCACGAAAACAGCGCCGACAAGACGGAAGCUCAGCAAAUCCCCCACUAGACCUUCAUCUUCACAUCAUCUGGUUGUCACGGGAGGGGUUACUACUGCUCGAUCAAUAUGUCCUGCCAUCGGCGACGCUAAAGAAGAAUGUCGAACUCAAAAUCCUAGCAUACAAGCUGCUAGCUUCGUUCUAUCACAUUAUCGUCUUGUUUCACAACACUCCACCUGUUACGACGAUAGGAACCAACACCCCGGAAGGCCAGUCAACAACCAGUGUAGUGAACGGCAUCGACAAGGGAAAGGGGGUAGAAAAAGGCAAUGGCACAUACGGUCACGGUGCUUCAAAGUCGAUAUCUGAAGGGGGGCCCGUUGGCCCACCUCCAGGUUUUGGUCCACAACCACCCACAGCCUUCCUCAUGAAGCCCGGGGACUACCUACCACUGGCCCAGCAAUGCUUCAAGGAAGCUAUCCAGCUCGCGGAACAGCAUCUUUGGGGAUCACAUUCGCUACGGCUUUCGGUCAAGACGGAAUAUGCAGCAUUCCUGUAUGAAUGCGUUCACGAUGCCGAGGCUAGCCGAAAACUCGCAAAGGAAACCAUCUCGGAGGUGUAUGAGGCCACGGAAGGCAUCGACAACGACAUGUUCAACGACGCGUGUGAGCUCGUCACAGUCCUCGGGAAAAUGAUGAAGCGCGGUUUGGGGUCGAAUAAUACUCUUCGAAAAACGUCGAAUCCUGGCUCGCAGGGGACACCCAGGAUCGAACAAACAGAAGCCCAGGCACCCGUCACAGCUCCACCAGGGAUGAUAUGACGAGAGAACUCGACAUUGGUUACUUUCCACUCUGUCGGCAGCGCUCUGGAAGGAGGACCCAAGUCCAGAUGUCAGAGAGAAAGCCGUUGAGGAUGCCCAUCACCACGGAAGCCAGGCACGAUCAAGCACCGUCCGAUCGCAGGGGUAUGCCAACAGACUGAAACGUCCAGAAACCUGGCUCAAUG